CGCUGAAAGUUCUUUGAAUGGGAAAGUGAGGAAAGUAUGAAAUAAAAUAUGAAAAUAACUUUAUUUAAACUUUAUAUAUAAGAGGACAUCAUGAUUUGCAGAUGAUCAAGAGUACUACAGAGCUAUCUCUCUAUUACAUCUUCAAUUGAGAGUGAUAAUUAAUUACAAUAAUUUUUACGAUGGGUGCAGCAAAGAUUCUGGUGAUAGGAGGAACAGGGUUCAUGGGGAAGUUCGUGGUGGAGGCAAGCGUUAAAGCUGGCCACCCCACCUUCGUCCUUGUGCGAGACUCAACUCUUUCCAACCCACAAAAAUCAACUAUCAUCCAUCAUUUCAAAACCUUGGGUGUCAACAUUCUCUUGGGAGAUAUACAUGACCACCAGAGUUUGGUUAAGGCCAUAAAGCAAGUGGACGUGGUAAUCUCAACCGUGAAUCAUGCGCAAGUAGCUGAUCAAUUUAAGAUCAUUUCCGCUAUUAAAGAAGCAGGAAACGUCAAGAGGUUUUUUCCUUCAGAGUUUGGAUUUGAUGUGGACCGAAAACAAGGACCUGUGAUGGCUAAGGCUAUUUUUGAGAGUAAGUCCAAAAUCCGCAGAGCCAUUGAGGCUGAAGGAAUCCCCCAUACCUAUGUGGUGGCUAACAUACUUGCUAGACACUUCCUACCAACACAGCCAGAGCUUAGAGCCAUAGCUGCGCCAUUAGAUAAAGUCGUUAUCUUUGGAGAUGGAAACCUCAAAGGUACUUUUAAUCCCGAAGAGGCUAUUGCCACUUUCACCAUCAGAACUGUUGAUGAUCCAAGAACCUUGAACAAAGUUCUCUAUAUUAGACCCCCAGCCAACACCAUAUCAUAUAAUGACCUAGUAUCUCUGUGGGAGAAGAAGACUGGGAAGACUCUUGAAAGAGUUUACAUUCCAGAGGAGCAAGUAUUGAAGCUUAUUCAAGAGUCCUCCUAUCCCAUAAAUAUGGCUCUGUCAAUUUGCCACGCUGCAUAUUUGUGUCAAGAUUACAUUAACAUUGAAAUUGAGCCCUCAUUAGGAUAUGAAGCUUCAGAUCUCUAUGCUGAAGUCAAAUACACCACUGUUGAUGGAUUCCUUGAGGAAAAUAAGGCUCGCACGCCCUUUUACUUAAACCAGUUUGUGCCCAUCAACAAUUGACCAAUUUUGAUUAGCAACAUGUACUGUUUGAUUAUUGAGCUAGUAAUCAAAUUCUACAUUGUGGGAAGCGAUUACUAGGUCUCUUAACCAAACAAUACACUGUUAAAUAAAAUCACAUACCAUUAACUAGGAUAAAAAUGGUGUGUGAACAUUUUCAAGAAAAUGUCAGUGUUGGCUCCUUAUUCAGUUUGUCUAAGAUACCAAAAUACCACUUGGUAUACAUGUACUUUGAUGUUUUUAACUUCAUUGUGCGAAUAUAAAACCAAUGAAUAGCAUUGUCUUGUGAUGUUAUCAACCAUUUAUGAAUAAAGCUGUUCUAGUUUUGUUACA